UGAAAAUAGAACAGAGAUUAAAUAAAAAAAAGAAUAACGGGAUUCCGAAUUUAAAUUUUGAUUAGUGCUACAAUGGAUUAAGGUGGUUGUGUGUGAAGUGUGUGUUUUUGACUGUAGUGACAGUUCAGAUCUACAUAAUGAAGAUCCAACUAGUCUACCUCACGCUAUGGUCGCUAUCGCAGGCCGCAUACAUCAGCCGCAUGACGGUCAAUCGCAUGAGGGUGCCCUCGGCCUUCCGCCCCGGAGUCACACUUCACCGGCCCUGGACACAUCCGCGGAUAGUCCAGGCAGCUUCGCAUAGGACGCCUUAUGUCAUAUACAGGAAUCCACCACACAGGCCAAUUUCCCGCAGAUACGCCAUGAAGCACUACGGGCCCAACCCCAACGCGAACCGAAACGUGUUCAUCAACACCGGACCCUGGAAGACCACAGCUAGGCUACCGACCAUCACCAGCGCCACUCCGGAGUAUGAGUUCGUGAAGGCUGCGUCUGCGCCAACGGCGUUGAGAGUUAACGGUGCCAUCCACACGAUCCCAGCGCCCAACCUGAGUCUCUCGGAGAAGCCAAUCGUGGUCAUCGACGCCACGGAGCACGGAGUCAAAGUGACUACAGAAUCUUCAAAACCAACAUACGAAGUUACAGAGAAAUACAUUGAACCGUCAAUUCACGUCGCUAAGAUCGAAUCGCCUAUAGGAUUUUCGAAAGCCACGUCCUUAACCGCCCCCGAAAUUCAAACCCUGGUCCGAAACGGUGCCGCCUUGCAACUGACAUCGGAAUAUGGACUACCGGCGAUCGCUAUGCCCCAGCAUCAGGCUCAAAUCGUGCCACAACAGUUCACAAUACAACAGGGUUUCAGUGCCAUGCCAACCCACCACGACCUUGUCCAGUCCGGCGCUGAAGGCAUCAUAAUUCCACCGAACGCACUGUAUCAACCUGACCCUGGAUACCUGCAAAAACUACAGAACCAACUGUUGCAGAGGUACCCCGCUGUCGAAUUCAUACCGUACGCUGCUGACAUCCCAACUGAAGCCCAGAUCCAAAGUCAAGCGUCACAAAUACAACCACAAGUUAUUCUGCUCCAAAACGAAGUUACCAAGCAGGCGCCAGCACCAUUCGCCGCAAGAGAACAGCAAAAUGAUAGGAACGUCGUACAGAGGGAAACUCAAGAAAAAACUGUAGUAACAUUGGUCCCCCAAAAACUUAUUAUCACUACUCAAAACGUCACUGAGAAACCAGCAGAAACCACGACCCCAUACCAAACUACACCAACGCCACAAAAUAUAACAGUUCAAGUGGUCACCGAAUCCCAACCUUCAUCAACAGUUAAAUACAUAGUAGAAAGUACUACUGAAGAACAUAAGACGACAACUCCACUGUACUACGCUCAAGUUGGUCAAAGCGUUGGUAGCGCGAUAGCAAGUGGGUUUUUCUCAGCAAUCAAUGACGUUAGAGCGGCAGCUGCAUUAGCUCAAGUAAGCGAAACACCGCAAGAAUCAACCAGCAUUGAAGCAGAAAAUGCAACCACGAGCACAUCUACUACAUCGACCUCGACAACUACAACAAGCACCACAAUGAACCCAGAAUUUCAACCAUACUUUGUACAUAAGAAAGAAAAUCAGAAGAACGAAACUAGCGGAGAAUUGAUAUCUGUAUUGGGGAUUCCUUUUGCAAAACCAGAACCAGUGAAACCAAAUCCUAAACCUGAUGAAACAGUUAAAGUAGCUUACACUCUUUACAGAGCUGAAGAUAAAGAUCAGAAGGUAGCCAAAGACGGAAGUGUAUAUGCUGGACAGAUAGUAGAAGCAAGUAUAAGUGAGGACCAAGACUUCAACAAGGAGAAGAAUAGCAUUCUGUCUAGAAGGGCUCCUGUAAGACUGAUAGCUGUUCCAGCUGAGAAUCCGAGCACGACCACAACAUCAACGACAACGUUGGUGCCGCAGAAAAUAACAGUGGUCAAAGCGAAGAUCCCGCCAAAGAGUAAGUUGACGUUUGAUGACAAAACUGGUGAGCCAGUCCUGAGAAUUUACGCCAGUUAUGUGGAUACUCCUCAGCAGAAAGAAGUGGUAGUAUCCAAGCUAGCAAACAUGAAGCAAAAAGAAGUUGCCCGAAAGACAGACAGUGUGGACAGCUGGAAAGCGGCAACCAUCAAAUCGGUCGACAAAACCCAAGGCCCCAACAUGAACCAAGUAACUCAGUUUGGACUCAAACUCAGGUCAAGAAGCGACGAUUACAUACCACUAUUCGAUGAUUACGAAGAUUAGUACAACGAUAUAAGUAUUUAUUUCACAAGACUGUCUCCUUAGCGUAACAAAUUAACUGUAAAUGAAGUAAGAUAUUUAAGUUUAAGCGCUGCAUUUAGAAAAAUAGUAACCAUCUAUUUUUUUGAAAUAAAACUAUGGAAACGGACUAUAUCGCGUAAGUAUAAUGAAUAAUUUACAAUUCAUCCCGACGUUUCGAAUACUUAACAGCGUUCGUGGUCAACGGGUGUUCGAAACGUCGGGAUGAAUUGCAAAUACAUUAUACGCGAUAUAAUCCGUUUCCAUAGUUUUAUUUCAUGAGUAACUAUCGCGGUAACCGAAGGCAAUAUCAUCUAUUUUUUUGCUAAAAUAUUACUUAAGUACAUGUCAUAAAGCAGAAUAAUAAUAAAACAGAAUAGUUUAUUAAAGUACAGUUUAAAGAAUAACAAUCGUUUCGAAACCAUCUCGUGCAUUUACUUCAUUUAUUUAAAUAACAGUAUUUAUUAAGUGUUAUUAAUUUAGAUAUAGCGAUUAGAUCGCUUUGACUCACUACCAGUGUUCUUCAGAAUAAUAAAGACAUGAACAAUGAAAAAAAAAACAUAUGUAACUGGAUGUACCAAAUAAGUAGCAUUACAUUGAUAAAUCCAAUUGAAGGAAUGUUUAAAAGAUAUCAGGCCGAGCUCAGCUUACCUUCAAAGGCCCGAAGCGUCACACGAAAUGCGCGCUGGCGGACCGGAACUUGGACAAUAAACACAAACCAAUAGUA